AUGAACAUUGCUUUGAAAGCUACCCGUAUCCUACUAUUCCUCGGCAUUAUUGCCGUCCCUACUCCAGCUUCUCAAUCUGAGUUAACCUUCAACACUCCUCCAGCAGUGCCUGGAGCGAUAGAAUACUUCGACAAAAUGUUAAACGCUACCAUGGACGCUCUGGGGGAUAUGGUGUACUCUGACCAAGACUCCAACGCUACUCUACCUAAUGGUGAUAUCAGCGGCAACACUACUGGGUUUAUGGCUGCUGUGGAAGAAUUCUUCUCACCAACUCAAUUAAUUGCAUCUCUGGUUGGCACCAUCCUGACCUUUAUAAUUCUAUGCUGUAUGGACCGUCUCGCUAAAAGGUUUCGCCGAUGGGCGAAUGCUAGGGUGGUCGCUAAGCUCGUCCCCAGCCACGAGACCCUAGAGGAGGGAGAGGAAAGCGAAGUUGACUAUUACGUACACUAA